AUGGGCCCUGCCCACGUCCCUCAUUCCGAAUCCGCUUUGCAGAUUCUGAAGAAGCUUCUUCUAAGGACCCCGCAGCUGGAAACCUUCCACUACAUCGACUGUCGAGCCCCCCGAGUUCCUGGACGACAAUUCAGCUUUGAAGAGAAUCAGCGCUUUCCCCCGUUCAAGAACCUCAUGCUAAAAAACUAUGACUGGAAGCAUGACGCAGAAGAAGUCAAAAGGCACUGGGAUUUUUCUCGAAUACGCUCUCUCGAACUUCUUAUGAUACCCGUCUACAAGUUCCUCGAAUCAGUUCCCUUUUCUGAUCUCGCCCAACUCCAACACCUUCAUGCCGAGGACUACAGUGAGGCCAUCGACCAUGAGAAUCCGAAACGUGCAACCAAGAAGCUAUACGCUCUGGUUAACGGCCCUAUUAAGUCAUUGCAGACCCUGAAGCUCACUUGCUUCAUUGACCUUUUUCAUAUCGACGCACUUCUAGUCCAUGCCAAGUCCUUGACCGGCUUGGUCUUUCGGGAUCACAAUGUCUCCAAUAAUCUACGCCAACACCGCCCUGUCUUGAGCGCCGAGAAACUUGCUAUUCUUUCGAGAUCUCUCAGUUCGCUGGAAUCACUCGAGAUAGACAUUGACCAUAGGGCCUUACCGGAAGCAUGUCUCUUGGCCCUCUGUCAGUUUCCCCGUCUGCAUACCCUCGUACUACAUACGCAAACAGUUAUCCAACCCGAGUCUAAUCACCGUCCUGGCCAAGACCCGGAUCUCACGAGGGCGUUCGACUGUUUUACGAUGCUUGUUAAACAAAGACCGGGACCAGCACCAGCCAAAUGGCAACGUGUCGUAAUUAACGUGGGUGAGUGGCGAGAAAGGGAUGUGAUACCUGGAGCCGGCAGAAGGCGUAGGGUAGGGCUUAGAGAGACCUACACCUAUUACAGAGCAUGUGUCUCUCAGCGAUAUUUCGUCCUGGAAGAGUCAAUGUCCGGUCAAGAAGACCUGAUCUACGAAGAAUUGCCGCCUAAGGAUGAGGGCUUGACUCAUUUCCGCGGUAACCUAAGGACCGGGAAGACUCUUGAGCCCCAAUCUCAGGUUGCAGAGGCCACGCGAUAA